AUGGAGAUGGACGAUAAGAUAAUGGAGGGGUCUGAGUGGGAGGGGCAACCUGAAAAUGUGGGUGAUGUCACCAUGGAAGGCCAAAACUCCAUCCAUACAAAACAGGCAGAGAUUUCAGCAUCUCUGCCGGAGGAGGAGAGUGGGAUCAUUGGUCGGGUUGCAGCAGAUCUGUUUGUGCUCCUGGUGGAGAGGAGGGCUGUGAAUGCCAGGGCUGCGGUAGACGUUAGGGUGUCCUACAUGGAACUGUACCAGGAGGAGCUCAGGGACCUGCUGGAGGUCCAGACUGGAAACAAGGAGCUGCACAUCAGAGAGGAUGACAGGGGCAACACUGUGGUAGUUGUGGCAAGAGAAACUGUGAUUACCUCCGCUGAGGAGUUGCUGAGCGUCCUGGAGGCUGGCAAUGCCCUGAGGCACACUGGCCCCACUCAGAUGAACGAGUGCUCCAGCCGCUCUCACGCUAUCGUUAACCUACAGCUGACGCAGCAUCACCACGACAAUGGCUCCCUCCGCUCCUCUAAACUCCACCUGGUGGAUCUGUCUGGGUCAGCGCGGGCUGCACGCACCGGGAACACAGGCCUGCGCCUCAAAGAGUCCGUCCACAUCAACACCGGCCUGCUGGCGUUGGGCAAUGUCAUCCGCACACUCUCCAACCCCCAUCGCCGCCACAACCAUGUGCCGUACCGUGACGCCAAGAUCACGCGCAUCCUCCGGGACUCACUGGGCGGCUCCGCCCACACACUGAUGGUGGCCUGCGUCAGCCCUUCCCACCACAGUGUCGCAGAGACGCUGAGUGUGCUUCAGUUUGCCUCACGGGCACGUUACGUGAAGAACCAGGCUGCGUUGUGUCCUGCCAGGGCGUGUCCGGGCUGGCAGCCUGGAGAGGCUCGUGUGGGGGAGCUGGAGCAGGAGGUCCAGACUCUGAGAGAGGCACUGAGAGAGAAGGAUAAGACAGGGAGAGGGAUUGCUUUGAGUGACAGCACCAAACAGGCCACUCAGGAGGAGCGUGAUGACAGGGCGGCGGCUCUAGUGGAGGAGUCCCAGUACUGCUGCCUUGCACAGGAUGCUGCCUUCCUAUUGGAGGAGCUCCAGAGUUCCACCCGGAGGGAUGAGUCUCAACAGAUCACCAUCCUCCAGCUCAGACGUGAGCUCAAGAACUGCCAGGAUACUCUGGCUAUAGACAAGCAGGUGUUUGACCUGAGGGAAUCUGAGCUGGAGCAGGUGCAGAGGCAGAUCCAUACUAGUCCUCCGGCCUGUUCGUUGGAGAGGGUGAUAGAUGCCUUUAAGACCCACAGUCAGCUGCUGCUGGCUCAGAUAGAGGAGAGAGAUGAGGUCCUCUGCCCUCAAAAAACACUGAAGGAAAGGAGGGAAGACGAGGAAGAGGGGGGGGAGAAAGGGAUUGAGCGCAGAGAGAGGCGGAGUCAGACGGUGACCCUGCUGCGCCUAAAGAAGGCGGAGACACAGAGCAGGGCUAGCCUGCAGACCAGUGGCUCCAGUAAUCUGCACAAGAACAAGCAAUCUGAGAGACGUGUGUGGCUGGAACACGAGUCGGAGCUUGCAAUGUAUAGGAGGAGGGGCCUGCAGGAGCUGGAGGAGGAGCUGAGGUGCAGAGAAGAGGUGCUGCAGCACCGAGAUGCCGGUGUCCAGGAGAGGAACCAGCUGCAGAUCAAGAGGCUUCGCUCCAGCCAGACUCUGAGUCAGGACUUGCUCGCGUCGGCCCGUCUAGGAGAUCUGGAUGAGGAGCUUGAGGAGAGAGGACGGGUAGAGAGGCGACUGUCCCCCUCUGCAGCAGGGCUGUGUGGAGUGUCCGCGUUGGAGCUGCUGAAGGAGAGAGAGAGCCUGCGUCGGAGGAGAGACACGCUGGACACGCAGCUGAGGGACGACAGGGUGCUCAUGCCAGAGGAGGAGCAUGCUCUGCUGCAGUCGGAGGAGGUCUUGGAGGCUCUGGAUGCUGCAGUAGAGUUUAAGAACUAUUCCAUCCAAGAGAGACAGAGAGACCUCGGGGGAAAUCCGCCCACGGAGACGACCACAAUGACGUCAUGAGGGCACAGAGAGCUGUCACUUCCAGAGGCCUCAGCACUGUUGGUCAAAUACUUCAACAAGGUGCUGUGUCUGCGGGAGUUGGAGCGGCGGCUGCAGCUGCACUGUGAGGAGCUGCAGCUGCAGAGUGGAGAGCAGGAGGCGGUGACCAGGGAGAUGGAGGCAGCUCUACAGCGCCUCACUCUGGACACAGACCUCCGGCUCACUGAGCAGCAUCAAGGGCACCAGCACAACAUACAGAUACUAAUGCAGCAGCUCCAAGGUCAAGUUGUACGCGUCAAUGUGAUAAAUGUUUAUGAGUUGGAGGGUGGCUCAGUGGACAGUGGACAAGCGGUCCAGGCUAGGCUGCAGCAGCUGGAGAGAGACCUGUCACAGCUAGUCACGACUCCCUCCGCCCCCAGGCUCCAGACCUGCAGACCCAGGGCAGGAAGGCGGCCAGCGACGGAGCAUUGGAUAGCCCCAGCCCGCAGAUUCCGAGUGGAGCUGGCCCCGGUCCGUCUGUCCCGUAGAGAGCUGAGGCAGAUCUCACCCUCUGCAGCACUAGGUGGCACUCUACCCUGA